CCCUCGGCGCACUUCCGUGUUAGAUUCCGGCGCUCUCACGAAUUUGAGAGCGUGGAGAGGGGGAAUCAAAUGCCCACUAUUUUUGUGGCUCUGAUAGUGGUUCUCCAAGGUAACAAACGUGUUUUAAGGAAACCAUAAUUGUCCAUCUGAAGUAUAAAAAAGUGAAGUGACCUGCAUUUCCUCCACAAAAAUUAGUUUCCAAAAAUUAGUCCUGCCACGACCCUGCACGUUAUAUUCGGCAGGCAAGUGAGCUCCUCCAUGCGAAGGACGUGCUUCAUUCAUUACUCGAAUGUGUGGAUGUGGAACCGUGUAGAGAGUUAAAUGGUUAAACCACGACUGGCACCGUUCGAACCCCGAACCACUCUGCAAUAUAGCGGCCUAUUGCACGUGUAAUCCACUGUACUUGGGUCUGGUGCUCAGUGUCUCAGUGGAACCUGUUAUCACACUCGUCGAUCAGAGAAGGAGAGCAGACGUAAGAAAUUGAGGAAAACAGUGAAGGCCGCAGAAUAGAAGCUGCCAGACUACUUGUCUUCGCCGUACUGCGUUUGAAAGGAGCAAGAUAUGGCUGAAGCCCAUCAGGCAGUUGCCUUCAGCUUCACUGUUACACAUGAAGGUGUGAACAUAAACUAUGACCGUGAAGUGCUCCUACUUGUGUGGCAGAGUGGACUGUACUCUUGGAAGAAGCGCUUUGCUCGCUUUCUCACAAACGUCUACAAUGGAGUGUACCCUUCGUCCUACCGCAGCUUAUACUUCCUUCUCUCGAUCGUCACUGGGCUCUCCCUCGCAGAGAAGGAUGGAGGCGUUGUAGCUAAGCUCGCAGUUAUUUUGCCAAGCACAGGGGCUGUCCAUGGCCCAGCAGCUGUUGUACCAAGGGUAGCCGCGAGUGGUCUGCUUAGCCUAGCAAUCUGGGUUCUGUGGAGUCUCUGCCAGAGAUACAUGCUCAAAGCACUAUUUCUCUACAAGGGCUGGAUGUACGAAGCACGUGGGUCUCCAAACAAGGUAUCGUGGCAGACUCGGCUGUGGUUUUUCGGGGUCAAGGUCCUGAGGGGGCGUAAUCCCCUUCUAUUCAGCUACCAAUCCACACUGCCCAAGCUUCCACUUCCUUCUCUGGACGACACUAUGGCACGCUACCUCAGAUCCGUACAGCCCCUGCUGGAUGACGCCAACUAUACACGAAUGGAGAAGCUAGCAUUAGAGUUCCGCAACGGCAUUGGUGUAAAGUUACAACGGUACCUGUGGCUCAAGUCAUGGUGGUCUGCCAACUAUGUAUCUGACUGGUGGGAGGAGUAUGUGUAUCUCCGUGGUCGGUCACCCAUCAUGGUGAACUCCAACUUCUACGCGAUCGACGCCAUCUUCGUUAAGCUGACGUCGAGUCAGGCAGCCCGAGCAGCUAACCUCAUCUACGCUUCGUUCCUUUUCCGCCGCGGAAUAGACACUCAACAAAUGAGCCCAAUCAUGGUUCAGGGGAUGGUGCCGCUGUGCUCAAGACAGUAUGAGCGACAGUUCAACACGACCAGGGUACCCGGUGUAGAGACCGACCGACUGGUGCACUACACUGAUUCCCAGCACGUGGUUGUGUACCACAAGGGUCGUUACUUCAAGCUGGCAACUCACUUCAAACAGAAGCUACUUCAGCCCUGCGACCUGCAGAGGCAGCUAGAACGCAUCCUGUCGGAUCAGAGUGUGCCUCAACCUGGUGAGGAAAAGCUUGGAGCCCUGACAGCUAGCGAACGUUCCUUCUGGGCACAGCUGCGCACACACAACUUCCGCAAGGGAGUGAACAGGGUCUCUCUCGAUGCGAUCGAGAAGGCUGCAUUCGUAGUAGUGCUGGACGAAGAGGAAUACUACUACGACCACGAGGAUCCAAGCAAGCUCAACCACUACGCACGGGCACUACUGCAUGGCAAGGGAUACGACCGCUGGUUUGACAAGUCCUUCAACUUGGUUGUAGGCAGAAAUGGAAGAGUGGGCUUCAAUGCAGAACAUUCAUGGGCUGAUGCACCAAUCAUGGGUCAUUACUGGGAGUUUGUGCUGGCACAGGACUUCUUUAUUCUCAAAUACGAUGAGGCUGGGUCUACUCUUGGUCACUCUAGCUUGGAACUUCCAGCGCCAGUAAGGCUACGGUGGGACCUUACACCUCAGUUGGUGAGCCAGAUCAAUGCCAGCGCAGAAGGUGCCGAGGUUCUUCUGAAGGACGUUGACUUGCACCUGCUUUCGCAUUCCACCUAUGGCAAAGGUUUCAUGAAGAAAUGCCGUUGUAGCCCAGAUGCCUACAUUCAGAUGGCCCUUCAGCUGGCCUAUUACAGGGACGCAGGCAAAUUCAGCCUCACCUAUGAGGCCUCCAUGACGAGACUCUUCCGUGAAGGCCGCACGGAGACCGUGCGGCCUGUCACUGUGGAGUCUAGGAGCUACGUGCUUGCCAUGCAGGAUCCCGCGUGCAGUGUGAAGGAGCGGUGUGAGAAACUCAGAGCUGCAUGUGACCAGCACCAACUGGGGUACCAAAAUGCCAUGUGUGGCAAGGGCAUUGACCGUCACUUGUUCUGCUUAUACGUGGUGUCUAAGUACUUGGAGGUGGACUCUCCUUUCCUGCGGGAGGUGCUGAGCGAGCCGUGGCGUCUGUCCACCAGCCAAACUCCACACAAUCAGACGACACUGCUGGACCUCAGGAAGUUCCCCAACUUCAUAUCGGCCGGAGGGGGCUUUGGUCCCGUGGCGGAUGACGGUUAUGGUGUCUCGUAUCUCAUUGCUGGAGAAGAUCAUCUCUUCUUCCACAUCUCCAGCAAGAUGUCAUCUCCUGAAACGGACUCUCUGCGGUUUGCACGCCACAUCGAGCAGGCCCUGAAGGACAUGCGAGACCUGUUCAAAGCCUGAGCCAAGUCUGGGCCAAGUCUGGGCCACACUAUGGUGUAUUCCAGUUCGAGCAAUGCAAUUGUGGAUGAGGGAGCUGUUCUUCCUCCUCCUUUUUACACCUUUGCUUAUUAAACAUUUUUAUGGCUGCUUUAAUAUGAAACGUGACAUGGCGAAGGAGCUGCACAAUGCUGCAGGCCACAAUGUGCCCAUUCGAGGAAGAACAUUCCACACAUGCCUUACCUUCCACUGUCAGUGUGAUGAGUCAUUUUAGGUAAUCGGUCAUAUUAGGGAGAUAUACCUUACAGAAACUCCUCGGUGAUGAGCAGCAGUGCUCAUUUGUGUAGUCCUUUUAGUAGUUUGGUGCUAGGUUUGUUGUAUUGAACUAAAAGGUGCAAGAAAGUGUGUGUGUGAAAGGUGAUGAAAGUUCCACAAUGCUAGUUGUAAAACUAGCAGUUGCGUAUGGUUGUGACCUGCGGUUCCCUUUCUAGAUGGGAUAUCUAUGUAUCGGGCUGUGAAGUAACCAGUGUGUGGUGCUUACGUAAGCAAUGGGGGUGUAUUAUGAUUAUGUAAGAUUUGAGACAAAUAUCAGGAGGUAGUACAGCGGAGAUUGAUUGUAUUACUUUUUAGCAGUGCACUGUUUGUGCUCGAAUGCAUGUAGGACUGACUGCGACCCAGCAGUCCAAAUGACUCACAUUUGAAUGGAAGUUUCAAUGCGCACACUUUUGUGGGCGUUUGUGUAAGUGUGAUAUUGCAUUUCUUGCCCCACAGAUAAAGUAUUUCAUGACGUGUGUGCAAGCACAUUUGAGCAACGGAUGUAUCAAAAUUCUGCCAGUAUUGUUUCCUGCAUUCAUGUAACUGAGAGCAACUACAAUGCAAACUGUAAAAAGAAAUGUAGAAAUGAGAACACUGAGUGUAAAUGCUGUGUUGUACAUGUCCUACCACCUGCCGUAUGAACAGUAGAUACCAUUUCCUGCAGUUGUAACUGCAUUUAGUAGCUGUAUUUAAGUACUGUAUCCUCACAAGGAAAAGCGCCAUUGAAGGUCCAGCAAUGUCAUGCCUACACUACCCCUCAUCUCUCAGUGCAUUUUUACAUGGUCAGUUACUUUGUUGACGUAGGUAUUUACAUCUCACUUAUCAUGGCAUCGGGAAAAACAGUUAUCACUCCCACAUUUAGAUUUUAACAUUGUCGGAAAUAAAAAGUGCUAGAAUCAU